AUGGCUCGUGGAAGGAAGACAGUAGCAGGUGUGCCGGCGCUCGUCUUUCUGCUGCCGCUGCUGCCUCUGUCGUUGUCAUUCCUCGUCACAUGUACCUCCAUGAUGAAAGACGCCACCGAGGAUCCACAGCCCAAGAUUUUAGAUGGCGUGGAGGAAGGCAAGGAGAGGGUUAUGUUGCGGGCUGAUUGGACUCGGGACAUGAUCUCUAGGUGAGUAGAUUAUCAGCACAAUUUCUUCUCGCCGGGCCUUGUUCAGUGCCCGUGAUUGGUUUCUGAAACUUAGCUUGCAUCGCUGACUGCAACGACCGAGUUACGGGAAAUUUGUUGUGCUUCUUGCCGUGGGAGUAGGAUCCUCGGUUGGUGGCGCGGUUACCCAGGGGAAGCUGCUGAUCUGGGGACAGAAAAUGCGGAGAAGAUCGUCUAUGAGGCCAACGAUCACUGCGUCGACAGGGAAUCAGGUGUUCACCACCACGGCAGUUGUUCCUGUCGUACCUUAGUUCUCUUGGUUCUGAAAGUAGCACCUACACAUGGUUUGACACCUCUCGUUGCAGCGGCGACCCAGUUUGCUUCCGAGCAGAUGGGGCACGCCGAGGACGCGGCCCGGUAUGUCUCGGCGAAGGUGUCCGAGAGGGCGGACCGGAGCAGGGAGGCGUUGGAGGCGGCGUACCGGGAGGCCAUGGAAAAGGAGGUUGAGGCCUACAAGACCGCUACGGAGACGCUGACGGAGGCGGCGAAGGUAAUCUACGAGGAGGCCAAAGAGAGGAUGUCGCGGGCGACUGGUGAUCUUGGUGCCGAGAUGCUCAAGGAGGCGGAGUUAUGA